AUGAUGUCCCUGCUGACUGGAGAGGUUCCUGUAAGGCGUGAUGAUGUCACCGUCUAUUUCUCCAUGGAGGAGUGGGAGUAUUUAGAAGGACACAAGGAGCUUUACAGGGACGUGAUGAUGGAGACCCACCAGCCCCGCGGCUCUCCGGACGCAUCCGAGGUCAGAGAUCGAGCCCCUAAUUCUCCGCUGGACUGUAAGACGUCUCAUUUUAUUAAGGAGGAAUCCGCCUCAUGUGAAGAGACAGACAUUUGUGACGUGGCGGAGUCUCCACAGACAGAGCUCACAUCGACUCGUAAUGAGGACGGAUCCCCCUCAGAUGAAGACGGAAAUGUCUCAGCCCCCGAUACACACACAGAGCACGACGGGGGGGAUAAUACGUCUGUCCACGUAAAGGAGGAAUCCGCUUCCAAUGAAGAUUAUUGGAUCCCAACCGAACACAAGGGAUCUACUUCUACUGAUAAAACCCAAACCAGUAACACACAUUUUCAGUGUGAAACACCCCCCGAUGAGGGUACAUAUAGCUGCCCCGAGUGUCAGGAACGGUUUACCAGUGACUCUGAUCUUCUUCUACAUCAGACCAUCCAUAAUAGAUCAGCGGUCUCCUCUCUGGACUGCGGGAAAAGUUCUAACUCUCAGCACGUUAGGGAUCAGCGUAUUCACACAGACGAGAGGCCUUAUUCCUGUCCUGAGUGCGGGAAAAGCUUCAAACACAAGUCACAUGUUGUACGGCACCAGCGAACUCAUACGGGUGAAAAACCAUUUCGGUGUUCCGAGUGCGGAGAAUGUUUUAGCACUAACUGGCUGCUUGUUCAGCACUUUAGAAAUCACACCGGUGAGAAGCCGUAUUCCUGUCCCGAGUGUGGGAAACAUUUUAAGAGGAGCUCUUACUGCACUCAACACCUCAGAAUUCACUCCGGGGAGGAGCCUUUUUCGUGUUCUGAAUGCGGGAAAUGUUUCAAACAUUACUCAAGUUUCACCCAGCACCGGCGGACUCACACGGGAGAAAAACCAUUUCCAUGUUCUGAGUGCGGGAAAUGUUUUAGCAGUAAGGCUCACCUUACUCGACAUCUCAGAAUUCACACCGGGGAGAAGCCUUAUUUCUGUUCUGAGUGUGGGAAACGUUUUAGGAGGAAUUUCUACCUUGUUCAACAUCUCAGAACUCACACAGGGGAGCAGCCUUUUUCAUGUUCCAUGUGCGGGAAACGUUUCAAACAAAGGUCACAUCUGGUAUCCCACCAGCGGACUCACGCGGGUGAAAACACAUUUCCGUGGAAAGAGUCCGGUUUAGGACUGAACAUGGACAAGGAUCCGGUGGCUGAGAAGAUCUUGAGCCUCACCCUGGAGAUCAUCUCCCUGCUGAGCGGAGAGGAUUAUAUGAUUGUGAGGAAGCCCAGUGACUGCGUCCCACCCAACGACGGCCCCCGUGUGUCAGAUGGACCCCCCGGGACCCGGAGCCCCAGCCCGGUGCUUCCACCUCACUCGCCGACCCACGAGAGGAACCGCGAGCAGAAGAUCCUGGAACUGACCAACAAGAUGAUGUCCCUGCUGACUGGAGAGGUUCCUGUAAGGUGUGAUGAUGUCACCGUCUAUUUCUCCAUGGAGGAGUGGGAGUAUUUAGAAGGACACAAGGAGCUUUACAGGGACGUGAUGAUGGAGACCCACCAGCCACACGGCUCUCCGGACGCAUCCGAGGUCAGAGAUCGAGCCCCUAAUUCUCCGCUGGACUGUAAGACGUCUCAUUUUAUUAAGGAGGAAUCCGCCUCAUGUGAAGAGACAGACAUUUGUGACGCGGCGGAGUCUCCACAGACAGAGCUCACAUCGACUCGUAAUGAGGACGGAUCCCCCUCAGAUGAAGACGGAAAUGUCUCAGCCCCCGAUACACACACAGAGCACGACGGGGGGGAUAAUACGUCAGUCCACGUAAAGGAGGAAUCCGCUUCCAAUGAAGAUUAUUGGAUCCCAACCGAACACAAGGGAUCUACUUCUACUGAUAAAACCCAAACCAGUAACACACAUUUUCAGUGUGAAACACCCCCCGAUGAGGGUACAUAUAGCUGCCCCGAGUGUCAGGAACGGUUUACCAGCGACUCUGAUCUUCUUCUACAUCAGACCAUCCAUGAUAAAUCGGCGGCCUCCUCUCUGGACUGCGGGAAAAGUUCUAACUCUGAAGGCAUUGGUUAUCGGCGUAUUCACAAAGGUGGGAAUCCUUAUUCCUGUCCUGAAUGCGGGAAACGUUUCAAACGCAAGUUCAAUUGUGUACGCCACCAGCGGACUCAUACGGGUGAAAAACCAUUUCGGUGUUCCGAGUGCGGGAAAAGUUUCAACAGUGAAUGGCAGCUUGUUCAGCAUUUUAGAAAUCACACCGGGGAGAAGCCUUAUUCCUGUCCUGAGUGUGGGAGACUAUUUAAGAGCAGCUCUCACCGCAAUCAACAUCUCAGAAUUCACUCCGAACAGAAGCUUUUCCCGUGUUUAGAGUGCGGGAAACAUUUUAUCGGUAACUGGCAGCUUGUUCAGCACUUAGGGAUUCACGACACAGAGAAGCCAUAUCCCUGUCCCGAGUGUGGGAAACGUUUUAAGAGGAGCUCUCACCUUGCUCAACAUCUCAGAAUUCACUCCAGGGAGAAGCCUUUGUCGUGUUCUGAAUGCGGGAAAUGUUUCAAACAAUUUUCCGCUUUAACCUACCACCAGCGGAUUCACACGGGAGAAAAACAGUUUCCAUGUUCUGAGUGCGGGAGAUAUUUUCGCAGUAAGGCGCACCUUACUCAACAUUUAGUCGUUCACACCGGGGAGAAGCGUUUUUCAUGCUCCGAGUGCGGGAAGUCUUUCACGCGGCCUUCGGCUUUUGCUCUCCACCAGCGGACUCACACAGGAGAGAAACUAUUUCCGUGUUCUGAGUGCGGGAAAAGUUUUUGCAGGAGCUUUCUCCUUGUUCAACAUCUCAGAACUCACACUGGGGAGAAGCCUUAUUCCUGUUCAGAGUGCGGGAAAUGUUUUAAGGGGAACACUGACCUUCUUCGACAUCUCAGAAUUCACACCGGGGAGAAGCCUUAUUCCUGUUCGGAGUGCGGGAAACGUUUCUCCAGGAACUCGCACCUUGUUCAACAUCUCAGAAUUCACACCGGGGAGAAGCCUUAUUCCUGUUCAGAGUGCGGGAAACGUUUUAAGGGGAACACUGACCUUCUUCGACAUCUCAGAAUUCACACCGGGGAGAAGCCUUAUUCCUGUUCAGAGUGCGGGAAACGUUUCAAACAAAAGUCAACUUUAGUAGCUCACCAGCGGACUCAUACGGGUGAAAAACCAUUUCCGUGAGUUUGGAAAAGUGU